AUGUUCUGUUUCACUAAGAUUCAUUAUAUCUGUGGCACAGGCACUGGCUCAGUGCAUCUAUAUGAAUGGGCCCAGCCGACGCCAGUUACUUCCGAUCUCACAAACACCUUUGUACUGACUGAUCAGGGCUGUUCAGGUCAACAGGUUGCUGGGGCUCGAGGCGCUAGGGUGACUGCCCUCCGCUUCGAUGAAACUGGAAGAAAAUUUGGCUGCGGAGAUGCAGAUGGACACUUUGGCCUCUGGAAUCUAAAUACUACUAAUUCCGGCAAGCCGCCUUAUUUUGUAAGUGUUUAUGAUGCCAGUUUUGAGACCGAAUUUAGACUUUCAUGGGAACAUAACUACUGA